AUGCCAGGAGUUCCCUCCAAUAAGGCAUGUGAGCGGUGUAAAAAGAGGCAUUUGAAGUGUGAUGAGACGCGUCCUCACUGCCAACGGUGCGUUAACGCAGGCGUGGAAUGUCCAGGCUAUGUCCAGACACGCAAAUUCAUCGAUCAAGGUGCUACAGUAAGGCGUCGAUAUGCUCCAUAUCAAGAGAGCCAUGCAAAACCAAGCACAACGGGCAAUGCUAGUCAAGGAGAUGAACAUCCGCCUAGCUUAACCCAGAGUGAAGGCCAACUGGCAAUUGACCAAGAUAAGCCAAGUCAAGCGCCACCUGAAAAUGGAAUGGUGGGCUCUACAUUCAGCUUCCAGCAAGAACAGUCAAGACUGGACUUUGGAACCGACACCUCAAUGGCUGAGGUACCUACUUCCACCAUCCAACCAGGUAUUGCGACUGGCGCAACUCACUUGCGUACCCAAAAUACCCCAGCAUCCCAAUAUGGCUCAGACAUCAACAGGCUUGCUGGCUUUGGAGACAGAGAGAGCUCGACAAGGAGCCCGUUGCAAAGCUCAGAAGUCUCAGGAAAUGUAAUAAUGGGACUUGCUCCAACUCUUGCGAACACUUAUAAUAUACUGCCUCCCGACAGUCAAAAUUAUGGCAGACCCUUCACUUCGGAGAGCCCAUCUCAACGAAGCGAGAAAGAAGAAUUCCAGGACAUCUUUUCCGAACUGAUGACUGGCACGGAACAUGAGGUAGCAUUUCUUACUCGCCACUUCGCAGAAGUCUUGGGUCCCUGGCUGGACCUAUCCGAUGCUGCAAAAUUCUUCUCAGUUUACGUUCCAAUUAGAGCUCUCAAUUGUGCAUCUCUGAAAUACUCCAUCGCAGCUUUGGCAGCCAAGCAGCUUGGCCGAGUGAAAGGUUCCAAAUCUUGCACAGGGCGAGGAAUGCUCACAAGUCCUGCUACGACCGAGACAUAUCCAAAUUCCGAGCAAGUGGACUGGUUCUUAAAGGCAGCCAACUACUACUAUCUUUCUGUGUCGGAUCUGACUACAUCUACAUCGGAUGGCUAUUCUGUUGUAUCCACCUCAGCCGUUCUUGACUCGCCCAUUGAUUUGCUUGGGCGGUGGCUGAACACACAAUCUGCUCAAGGAGCGGGCCAGAGUCCUGAUGAUGGGGCAUUCUUGCGAAAGACCGAAGAUAUCUUGGCAACAGUUACCGUUCUGACAUUGUAUAAAUUGUUGGACGCUAAAGGAGAGGAAUGGCACAUGUACCUCACAGGCAUUCGUCAAGUUUUCAACUCUCUCCUUCAAAUGAAGCAGAUGGACUCGACAUUCUUCUCUCACGGACUUCGAGCAUGUUUCUGGAAUUUCGCGCGUCAGGACUAUCUUGGAUCGUAUUAUAUCCGCUCGGGUACGCAUCUCGAUCCUGCGAAUUUACCUCUCUGGCGCGCAGCGGGGAUCUCAAUAGAUGAGCAAGAGAAAUUCCACAUUAUUGGAAGCGGGUCAUUUAAUCUAUCUCAAGAAGACCAAACAUUCAAUGGGCUAUGCUGGCUUGUUUCUAAGGUCGUCAAUUUCCUCGCCAAGUCCAAACAAUCUCAAAUCGCUCAGUGGACGGGUUCUCCGCCGGAAAACCCAUCCGGAGCCCAAGAUUCGCCCGCCAGUUCUAACCAGCAAUCGUCCUAUCCCGAUACAAACACCUGGCUAGACUUGUGUUUUGAAUUUCAAACGUGGUUCGAGGGCGUUCCGGAGACCAUUCGCCCCUGUGUGCGGAUUGAACACCCCCGAGAUCUGUCCAAGCCAUCUGAUACAAGCCAAAUCCCCUUCCCCGAAGUUUUCCACUCCCUGGCAACAUGUGCAGCUGCGAUGCAGCAUUAUCACUUUGGGAGAAUUGCGUUGUUAUUGAAUCGCCCGCAGGACGUGAUAAGCGGACCCAGUACAGCCUUCGACCGGCUUCAAGGCUACCGAGAAGUCACCAAGGAGGUCGAGUACCGAUGCCGAGAGGUGUGCGGUAUUGCCUUAGGGCGGCCCCAUAGUGAAGUACGGAUUUAUAUGAUCCCGCUUCUGUUUGCCGUGGGCCAAUGUUUGGAGAGUGCGAAUGAGCGCCAGAUCAUUGUGGACCUUUUGCGAGGCGCCGAGGCAGACCUGGGUUGGGCUACAGAAUACGCGGUGGAGAAGCUUCACUCUUCCUGGAAUCGAUGA